UAUUUGGCUCCCUCUCUGGUGAUGUAGCUGCGUAAUCCUUUACGUAUUUCCUUAUGGCGUUGUUGAUUGUUGUAGGCAGGCAGCUUUUGAAUCGGUAGCUAGCUAGCUAAGAUGGCGGCUGCGGCAGUGGUUGAGUUUCAGAGAGCUCAGUCUCUCAUUAGCACGGAUCGUAACGCCUCUAUUGAUAUUCUACAUUCUAUCGUGAGGAGAGAUAUCCAGGACAGUGAUGAAGAAGCCGUUCGGGUUAAAGAACAAAGCAUCUUGGAGCUGGGGUCACUCCUGGCCAAAACAGGACAGGCUGCAGAGUUGGGGGGUCUGCUGAAGUUUGUGCGGCCAUUCCUCAUCUCCAUCAGUAAGGCUAAGGCAGCCCGGCUGGUCCGCUCCCUGCUGGACCUCUUCCUAGACAUGGAGGCAGCUACAGGCCAGGAGGUGGAGCUGUGUCUGGAAUGCAUCGAGUGGGCCAAGGUGGAGAAGAGGACCUUCCUCAGGCAGGCUCUUGAGGCCCGUCUGAUCUCGCUCUAUUUUGACACCAAAAGAUACCAGGAGGCCUUGGCGCUUGGCACCCAGCUGCUCCAUGAGCUGAAGAAGAUGGAUGACAAGGCGCUGCUGGUGGAGGUGCAGCUGCAGGAGAGCAAGACGUACCACGCGCUCAGCAACCUGCCCAAGGCUCGUGCCGCUCUCACCUCAGCCCGCACCACGGCCAACGGCAUCUACUGUCCCCCCAAGCUGCAAGCCGCCCUGGACAUGAUGUCAGGGAUUGUCCAUGCAGCUUCGGAGAAAGACUGGAAGACUGCCUACUCAUACUUCUUUGAGGCCUUUGAGGGCUACGAUUCCAUCGACCACCCUAAAGCCAUUACCGGUCUCAAAUACAUGCUGCUCUGCAAGAUCAUGCUCAGCCUACCAGAAGAGGUGCAGUCCCUGAUCAGCGGUAAACUGGCCCUGCGGCAUGCAGGCCGACAGACAGAUGCACUGAAAUGCGUUGCACAAGCCAGCAAGAACAGAUCAUUAGCAGACUUUGAAAAGGCCCUUACAGAAUACAAAGCAGAGUUGAGGGACGACCCCAUCAUCAGAACCCACCUGGCCACGCUGUAUGACAACCUGCUGGAAGGGAACCUUAUCCGUGUCAUCGAACCCUUCUCCAGAGUACAGAUUGAACACAUAUCAGGUCUCAUCAAACUGUCAAAGGCGGAUGUCGAGAGGAAAUUGUCACAGAUGAUCCUGGACAAGAAGUUUCAUGGGAUCCUUGACCAAGGCGAGGGCGUCUUGAUCAUAUUUGACGAGCCACCAGUUGACAAGACUUAUGGAGCGGCCUUGGAGACUAUUCAGAACAUGAGCAAAGUUGUGGACUCGCUUUACAACAAAGCGAAGAAGCUAACAUAGAACAAAUGGCGGGACCACAGUGGCGUGUGUGUGACCAGAGUGUAACGUUUUAAGAAGGGGACAUGAGAGCGACCAAAAAAGUCAACAGGAUUCCCGGUUCCCCCUCAACGGACAAUUCCAUCACCCCUCUAAUUCUCAUUAUUUUUUUUGAUGUUCUUUCAGGAAUCUGUUAAAAUCUCAACGGCCACAGCAGGCCAUCAGGGAAUAUUGUACAACCACAAUAAAAGUUUAAGAAAGAGAAAUACAUGUUUAUCUCCUGUAGAAUAAAGAUUGGGCUUACAAAGCCUACAGCUGACUCCGUUGCCACAGGAAAAGGUGCAAUAUCGAGUGCCACCAACACUGCUUCUUUUACAGGCCCGGGACAAGGCUUUUGGUCAAGGUGGUUUCUUCAUUUCUUUCUGUUCAUAUCUUUCUGAAGUGGAUGGUGGUUUUAGCUAGUUGAAGGUAGGUUAGAAACAUUGGGAUGUCCCAGCAGUUAAAUUUGCAUGUUGACAUAUCUCUUGAGUCUUGUCCUGGAGGAAGAACUCUGCAAUUUCCCCUUAGAUGCGCCAGCUGAAAAGUCAAAAGGGGCUAUACUGUAGGUAUUCAUGAAAACAGAAAUUAGCUUUUUAGUCAUAAUUUAGGGUUAGCAGUGUGGUUGGGUUUAAAGUCAGAUUUUUAUGCCUAGCUGUGCCUGCUAGUGACCACGGCAGAGCUGCCUCCAGAACAAGAUUCAUUAUGACAAAUGCUAACCUGUGUUAAAUUUAGUCAAAAUAGCUCCCUCUAACUCUUGCUGUGCUCAUCAUAUUCAUGCCAAGAGUCAGUCAAUUCCCCUUCAUGAUAUUUCAAAUGGUUGUCAACAUCACUUUAUUUGGAUUGCAUUUUGUUUUUAACUAAAAUAAAUCUGACACCUUUGUCCCCUUCAUACAGUACAUCGUGCAGAAUGGAUGCCAUUUCACACCACUAGUGGCCUCUUUUGGCCCUCUACUUUGCCUCAACGUUUGGCUACAUUUAUAUAAUUUAGGGGUGCAGAAGUGGAGAUGUAUUGAUUGCCUCUGAGCGUCUGUCUGAUCCCGAGUGACCGAUUAUCCAUUGUUAGAUCCUGGUAUGCUAAUAACCAAACAACAAUUUGUAUGGUUUAGUUUUUUUUUUUCAUUUGUCAUUUUCAGAAAUAAACAUUUUUGUAUUUUUAAGGAUUUUUGUCUGCCUCUUGGAAAAUAUCACUGACCCUGGCAAAGUUCGAUUGGGCCAUUUUAGCCCUCUGAUGUGCUCUUGUGCUGAGGUAAUUUGGGUAGGAUGUUGGGUGUCCCUUGUUGGACAAGUGACUUCAGUUGAUUUGGACGCCAGUGUAGAAAUAAAGGUCUAAUAGACGAAGGCCUGCAAAGUAAAUGUCUGCUGGGACUAGCAGCUUCAACUGGGUGGGGAAGAAUGAACGUCUCCAGUUGCUUACUGGGUGAAAAGUAAAGAAGGUCAAAUCAAAGGGAAGAUGUGUGGGAAGAAUCCCUGUCAACUCUGGGAUUGCCAUGUUGUGAACUGCAAUUGGAGGGUUAUGAAUACUUUGGCAUUGUGUAUUGUCUUUUCUCCUGUUGGGCAUCUAUUCCUGUGUUGGAAAAUGGCCUCGUUCCAUCAAAGGGCAUUAAACCAUAAUUUCAAUGACA